AUGGAGGAUUCAGCCACCAUCACAGAAUCUUCACUCCUCUCCAAGCUCCAAUCGUCCUCUGAUCUCUCCUCCAUCCACCAACUAUUCUCUCUUUACCUCCACCCCUUCUCAGCCAUCAUCAAUAAACCCAAUAAACAGUCCAAAUCUUCAAAAACUAAUGCGGAAACAUCAACUAUCAUCCGUUCGCUCGCCAAAAAGUUCCUUUCAUUCCUUAGCAAAUCCUUGUCUUUAAUACCGAAACGCCUAAAUGAAACCCCCAAAAUCGAUUCUUGUUACGCAUCCGAACUGUUUGAAGCGUACAAGCUUUGUCUACGUUGUUUGGAAUCGGUUUCUUCGGAGCUGUCGUGUAAACCCCAUUCCGUUCAGAUCCAGCGGGUUCGGUUGAUACAUUGUUAUGAAAAUUGGGGGAGAUAUGAAGAUGCACAAAAUGAAGGGUUUUCUGUGCUCGAGUUUAUUGGGAAAUUAGCCGAUAAAGGAAGUGUAAAGUUAAAGCGAGGGGUUAUCCCGGAAUUAAGAAACGAGAAUUGUGACAAGGAGGUUGCAAUGUUGAUCCUGGAAGUAGCUGUGACCCUUAUUAAGUGUGUUUCAAAUGGUAGAAGCAAAGAUGAGGAAGAUUAUCCGAGACUACUUUCUAUGGUCGAUGAAAUCCAACCAUGGUUGAGGGUUGUUGAUGUGGAUGCAUAUGAGAAGCUACAAAAAAUGCUUGUGACAUAUCUGAAUAAAUGUACAUUGUUUCUGGUUGGAGAACUUGCAAGCUUUGAUGGGAGCCUUGUCCAUAGAUUUUGUGUUUUAACAUUUUCAGAGUUUAGAAAAUCGUCCAUGAAUGAUCAGAUGGAAAAGUUUGGACAUAGGAUAUGCAGUUCAGUUUUUUCCCAACUGGAUGACAAAAUUAUGUGCAGUGUAGACAUACUAACUUGUGUGUUGGAUGCUAUGGCUCAUGAAUGCAAGAAUGGCAAGGACAAGUCCCAUGUGGAGUUUUUGGAACUUGCAGAAUAUUGUGCCAUCAAAUGUCGAAAUGCAAAUGUUGAUUUUUGUAAUGCAGUUGCAACUCACUUUGACAAAUUAGCAACUGAAUUUUCUCAGGUCAAUUUAUCACCAGUUGAUUUGAUAAUGAGGCUUUAUGCUAUCACAUUGUCUAUGGGCGACUUGAAUUCUUACACAAAUGGGGGCAACACCAAGAUACCAAAAUCUGGAAAGGACAUUUCUAUCCUCAACAUUUUGCUUAAAGUGGAAGAUCAGCUACAAACUUUAAACACCACAGAUGGAUUAUUAACGCAAAUGACCUACGUGCCCUUGUACUUUACUGCAUUAAAGUUCUUGUGUGGGCCACUUUCUGAGCUGAUUAUCUCUGAACGAAAAGAUAUACUUUGUGGACUUGAAGACGUCUCUUUUUCUAUUAAGCUACCUAAUAUACAAGAUGCUUUCAAUCAGUUUGGACUUGUUUUUCUCACAUAUCGGGCAUCUGAAAAGGAACGAGAUGUAUAUGAGGACAACAGGCGAACUGUACUUGCUGUAGCUGCAGCUUCUUUCACACUCUCAUUUGCUACACAGAAAAAUGUCAAGGAGAGCACUAAAUUUCUUAAGCAUCUUAUUUCAGCAGAUUGGGUCAAAGUCAAUGGAUUGCAAUAUCUCUUUGCCACUCUACACAAUGUUGGUAUAGUGUUGUACAGAAGCAAUAGAUUAAAAGAGGCUACAAAGUUAUUCAAAUUAUGUUGUAAAGCAGCAUGGAACUGUGUAUUACACUUUUGCAAGACGUUUACUUCAAGUAGAGAUGGAUUUUCCAGUGAUCUGACAGAGGAUACCAUAGUUGGUUUUGUCACAGAGGCAUGUGCAAAAAGUGCUUUUUUGUUGGACAUACUUUAUCAGUGUGGUAGUAACAAGAUAAGUAAGAUUUUCAUGGAUUGUCUUGGAAGUUGGUCUGUUGGUCAAAGCUUGUUUGACCAGAUUCCGACCCCUAUAGCACUGAUUAAACAAUGGGUGAAGAUACAAUGUAAACAGAUAAAAGACCCUGAAGCUGGGCAUAUGAUUCCAACCAUAUAUUCGCAGAUGUCUUCUAUAAAUAUAUCAAAAGAAGCUUUUGGCAUCUUAUUGGAGCAGGAGCUUGAAGCGUAUAAGGAAAUGAAGAUUCUUAAUCCAACAUUAUGUAAAACAAUGCAAAUGACUAUCACAAACAUUCUCUUAGAAGAGAUCUAUAGUACAAAAGAUAAUUAUUUACAAAAAUCAAGAAUUCUCAUUGCAAAUGCAAGGGAAUCACGAGCACAUGGAGUUGAAGGCCUAAAUGACUGCAGUAAAUAUUUAUCUGAAGCAAUAUCUAUAAUGAAUGACUAUAAGAGCAAGGAUGACAGUGGUUCAGCUUGUCAUGUAUUAGCCGAGGCUUACUGCUUGCAUGCAUUAUGCACCCAAGAGGCAGAUCCAAACUCAAAGAAUUUUAUUCAAGAUGUUGGCAAUGCCUUAAAGCUAUGGUUGAGUCAAGAACAUUUCCAAUCUGAUGAACAUGCUCAAAAUACUCUUAUCUUGCUGUACCAUGUUGCUGAUUUUCUAUCACUUAAGGGCUACAUGGAAGAUCAUUCUAACAUAUACGAGACAAUGAUCAAAAUUAUUACAUGGAAGAAUAUGCCUUUAAACAAGUGGUUGACCAUGCUUUGGCAAUCCAGAAGCCUUAGUCAUGCACUUUGUGCUUCACCUGUGAAUGAUGCAUUCAUCAUGACAUUGUCAAAUCACUGUAACUUGUCAAAGUCUAUGGAGUUCUGGAUAAGUUGCAUGAAGGGAUCAAAAUCACUUGAAGUUGGAUUUCAACAGAGUUUGUCACUCAUUUCUACUCUUUCCUCUCCAGAUUCUUGUAAGCAUAAUCAUGCUAUCCAACCACAUAUAACAACUGAUGAAGUCAAACAAGCUGCUUCUGAUCUCAUUAACAGUGUUCCUCUGUCCACCAACUCAUUGUUCUUUGCUGCACAUCUCUAUUAUGAUUUGGGUGAAAGAAUGAUUGCACAAGGUUUAAUGAUUGAGGCUCUUUGUUAUGCAAAAGAAGCUCAUCGUUUGCGCACCAAACUUCUUCAAAAAAGUUUUAUGUACUCAAUAGAGCAACAAAAUGACAUGGUUGGUGUUAAUGGGGACUCCAUUCAGAAACACAAAUAUGUCCUCAAGACUUUCCACAUGCAUCCUUCAGUGGCUACAUCUGCUUGGUCAUAUGAUAAGGGUUCUUUUGACUUUGAGGACUGUGUAGUAACCCCAUGGAAUGUACUUCGAGUUUAUCUUGAAAGCACUCUUCAGAUAGGAACCCUUCAAGAAAUAGUUGGAAAUGGAUCAGAGGCUGAAUCUCUUUUACUGUGGGGAAAAAACAUUGCUACUUUCCAAUCCUUGCCAAUCUUUAUAGUUGGAUUCUCUUGUGUUUUGGGAAAGCUUUAUGGUAAGCAACACCAUUGGCAUUUAGCUGAAAAGGAACUGGAAAGUGCCAAACAUAUGUUGGCUGAUAGUUGCAGGCUUGUUUCUUGCUUGAAGUGCAGAUUAGUUUUAGAAGUUACAAUUGAUCAGCAACUUGGUGAUCUAUUCAGAAUCCGUUUCAAGAGCACUAAUAAACUGUUAGAGGGGUUGUCAAAAGCUGAAGCUUUUUAUAGGUCUGCUACAGACAAAUUGAAAGUUUCUGAAUGGAAAAAUUGUGUUAGUGAUUGUGAGGAAUCUGGUGCAAGAAACACAAUUUUCUGUGAUGCACUUUCGAUUGGUGAAAAUCAAGUUGAACAAAAUGAUGAAUCCCAAAUUAAUGGGAAGGAAACCAUUCGACCCAAAGUAACUAGGAAGAGUAAGAAAAGUGCUAAGCCUUUACCAGAGAAAAAUACGACUUCCAGAAUUACUAGAUCAUCUAAACAAAGGGGUGAAGUUACUUGUGUUUCUGAUGAAGGAAAGUGUUGGCAUUGUCUUCCUUCUGAAGUUAUGAAAUCCAAAUUGUUGACAAGUAUUCUACAAAUGAAAUGGGAGUGCAUUCGCAGACGCCUUUUGCUUAGACUACUCACUGGGAUAGGAAAAUGUUUGGGGAUUCGUGGUGAAAUUCAGAGAGCACAUGAAGUAUUUAUGGAGAGCAUAUCUGUGUUAGUCCACAGAAGCACAUUUCACCAAUCACAUUUCUCAGUUUCCAUUGCUUUCUUGGCUGAGUUGGUUGAGAAGAAUGUAACAGGAGAUGUCUUUGCAGUUGAGCAUGCAUCAAUUCUGUAUAACGUAUGUUGGUUUUCACUAAAAAACUUAUGUGACAAGGGUACAAGGCAUGAUGGUUAUGACAUGUUGAUGAUUCCCAUAACAACAAUUGUGUCUGGAUUGAAGUUAUCCUUUAUACUUUGUCGUGAGGUUCCUGUGCUCUUUCAAAAGGUUUCACGGUUGCUUGCUAUGUUGUAUACACUUUCACCUUCAAACAAGGCAUUGUCCAUGUUGUCAUCUUCCAGCAGUGUUCUAUCAGAAAGCCAGUGGGCAUCAUUUUUCCAUCAAGCAUCACUUGGAACUCAUCUACAUCAUCAAUUGGUUUCUCGUAUUGGAAAACACAAAGACCAAAACACCACUGCUGAUAUUCAUGGUACUUGUCUCAACUUGCUUAGAGUGGCACCAGAAUUCAUUCUGGAUCUUGAAGGAUUUGUAUUGAAGUUUUAUAAAGGUCUCCCCUGCACAACGAUUAUCUGUAUUAGCAUGCUUGGAGAUGAUUACACCACCUUGUUGAGAGAAUUAUUGCCCUAUAAUCCCUCUACUCAUGCUUGGAUUAUAUUGUCUCGUUUGAAUUCUGAUACCAUACCUAUUAUCACACUUCUGCCUAUUAAUUCAAUCUUAACAGAAAGUUCAGAAGGCAAUGAAGAUUCAAGUUCCAGUUUCUUAUUCAACAAAAAGAAUUGCAACAAAUCAUGGCACUGCCCUUGGGGACACACCAUUGUUGACAAUAUUGCACCAUUGUUCAAAACAAUCUUGGAGGAAAAUUACAUAUCAUCUUCAGUGUACCCUUUGGAGGAUACUAAAGAGAACAGGUCAUUAUGGUGGGGUCAAAGGAGAAAGCUUGAUCAAUUGCUAGGUGAUCUUCUGAGAGACUUGGAAGAUUUAUGGUUUGGGCCUUGGAAGGUGUUGCUUUUGGGGGAGUUUUCAGACAACAAGCACAUUGACUCUGUACACAAGAAAUUGAUGAAUGAUCUGAAAUUUGAGAGUAAAGUUGAUGUACGUGAAAGCAUUCUCAAAGUGAUAAUCGGAGGUGGUGGGCCCCAUGCUGCCUCUCAACAUGAGGAAUGGGUAUCAGAGAUGAUCAUGAAGAAAGGAUGUUAUGUUGGUGGAAUAAAAUGUGAAGAAAGAAUUGACACCUUAUCUUCUUCUGUUUCAGAACUGAUACUAGAUGCAAUCCGUGGAAUUGAGGAAGAAGAUAGAGAACCUGUGAUAUUAGUUCUAGACUUUGACAUCCAGAUGCUACCAUGGGAAAAUCUGCCAAUACUAAGAAACCAGGAGGUGUAUCGCAUGCCUUCUGUUUCAAGUGGCGACCUUCCUAGCACCCAAGCUGAAUUUCAGCAUUGGUUUAAAGAUCAAAAUUUGGAGGGGACAACUGGUACUUCACCUACAGUGGAUGAACUGAGCAUGGCCUUAAAAAAACAUGACCUUUUCAUGUAUUUCGGCCAUGGAAGUGGAGUGCAAUAUAUCCCGGGUGAUGAGAUACAAAAACUUGAUGGGUGUGCAGCUACACUGUUAAUGGGGUGCAGCAGUGGAUCUUUAUCUUUAAACGGAUCAUACAGCCCAAAAGGAGCCCCGUUGUAUUAUCUAUUUGCAGGAUCACCUGUAAUAGUUGCCAACUUAUGGGAGGUGACAGAUAAAGAUAUUGAUAGAUUUGGUAAGGCAGUUCUUGAUGCCUGGAUUAAAACAAGAUCAAGCAGCUCUACAGAUUGUGCACAAUGCACUGAAAUUUCGGAUAGGUUAAAGAACAUGAACAUAGUAGAUGAUGAUGAUGGUGAUAAAAGAAAAGGGGGGAAGAAGAAAACAUCAAGAAAGAAAUCUGUUGAAUGUUGUGAAGUUAAUAGUAAUAAUAAUAACAAUAGUAGUUGUAAACAUAGACCAAAGAUUGGGUCGUUCAUGGGACAGGCUAGAGAAGCUUGUACACUUCCUUUUUUAAUUGGAGCUUCGCCUGUGUGUUAUGGUGUUCCUACAGGUAUUAGAAACAAGGAUUUGUGA